AUGACUUGCCUUACAGAUUUGGACUUCUCACGGAAUAUUGUACUUGGAAAUAAAAUACCCAAAUUCUUGGGGAAUCUUACCAACCUACAAACAUUAGAUCUGUCUGACAACAAUUUUAAUGAAACACUUCAAGAUCUCUUGGAAAGUCUGUCCGGUCAUUCGUUAAAGACUUUGGAUUUGAGUUGGAACCAACUUGGAGGGUCAAUUUUUGACGAUGGAAAAAAACUCCUGUCUUUGAGAGAGCUAAACCUCGACGAGAAUCUAUUAGAAGGUCCUCUUCCAAACUGUUUAAGUCGAUUUCCAAAUGUUGUUACUUUGGAAUUAAGCAGAAAUCAACUAACAGGAUCAUUGACUGAAAAUAUUGGCAAACUCCAAAAUCUAGAGAGGUUGGAUCUUUCUCAUAACUCUUUGUCUGGGGUUGUCUCUCAACUCCACUUCCAAAAGUUGUCCAAGUUGAAGCCAUUAGAUAUUUCCUAUCUAGACAUUUCCAAUUCUGGAAUUUCUGGUGCUAUUCCUCAUUGGUUUUCUGAUUUGACUUUCAAAAUGGUGUAUCUAAACCUAUCUUUCAACCUUAUGAAUAGCACCUUGCCAAACUUUCCAUUGAUGUCUGAUAAUUAUCGUUUAGUUGAUUUGAGUUCCAACCAAUUCCAUGGUCCUAUUCCAUCUUCUCUAUCCAAUGCAACAUAUUUGUAUCUUUCCGAUAACAAGUUCACUGGAUUACGGUCUUUCUUAUGUGACGUAAGAGAUGGAGCAACCGUACUUCUUGACCUUUCAAAUAAUCUGUUAUUUGGAAGCCUUCCUGAUUGUUGGUGGAAUUUGAAGUAUCUAACUGUUCUUAAUUUGGAAAACAAUGAAUUGUUUGGAGUGAUACCAAGAUCCCUUGGUUUGGUGCACCGCAUUGCCUUCUUGAAUCUGAGGCACAAUAAUUUUUCUGGAAGUUUGCCAUCGUCAUUGAAGAGUUGCACCCAACUGGGAGUUUUAGAUGUUGGAGAGAAUAAUUUGGUAGGGGAAAUACCCUCUUGGAUUGGGGAAAGAUUAAUAAACUUGGUUUUUCUGAGUUUAAAAUCAAAUAGAUUUUUUGGAAACAUACCAUCAAAUCUUUGCCAUCUCCAAUCCAUUCAAAUCUUGGAUCUUUCUAUGAACGACAUAUCCGGAUCCAUUCCUUCAUGCAUCGACAAUUUCACCUCUAUGGUUCAAAAACUCAAUCAGGAAGUUACAUCCAUUUCAAUCUUUGCAUCCAUUUCAAUCUAUGAUGGAGGCGAAGGUUAUGAAUCUAAUGCAAUGAUUGUGUGGAAAGGAGUAGAGUACGAAUACAAGAAGAUUCUUGGAUUAUUAAGAAUCAUUGACCUUUCAAGCAAUAGAUUGUUCGGAGAGAUUCCAAAAGAAUUUGUAAAUCUUGUGGAACUAGUUCAACUAAAUCUAUCAAGGAAUAAUUUGAGUGGAGUCAUCCCUGAGAAGAUUGGAAAGUUGAAUAAGCUCGAAUCAUUAGAUUUGUCCCACAAUAAGCUUUCUGGUAACAUUCCAGUGAGCUUGGCUGAAGUUUCUUUCCUUCAAUACUUGGAUUUUUCGGAUAAUCAACUGUCGGGAAGAAUCCCUACAAGCACGCAAUUGCAAAGUUUCAAUGCUUCUGUAUAUGCCGAGAACCUUGGACUAUGUGGAAAGCCUCUGGACAUUUUAUGCCCUGGAGAUGAAACUUUGAAUGGUACUCCUCCAAAUUCUGGUGGUGACGAUGAAAGCAAUGUUGAAGAUGGCGGAGAAUGGUUCGACAUGUCUUGGUUACGGAUGGGGAUUGGGGUUGGAUUUGCAGUUGGAUUCUGUGGAGUUUGUGGUAAUUUGUUGCUCAACGCUUCUUGGAGACUUGCUUAUUUUCGACUGUUGGAUAACUUUGGAGACUUUCUUUAUGUCAUAAUUGCUGUCAAAUGGGCCACAAUCAAGAGAAGGUUUUCCAAUUAA